AUCAUAAACUCGGCCACUGGUGUACUCCAGGGCUGUAACUACGGGGCGGCCGCCAAACUGCCCAUGAAAUACACCAACGCUGUGGUCAUGGGAACCAACCUCAGCGGUACAAUAGUAUCCAUAUUCAUGUUGGCAUCCCUGGCCCUAUCGCCCACUCCUCGGGCUGUGGGUAUCGUUUACUUCGCGUUGGCUUUGGUUGUGAUCGUCGUUUGCCUGAUAUCGCAGUUCUUCCUCAAGAAUAAUAAUUUCUAUAUUUAUUACACCGAAAAGGAUGGGAAGUCUGAAGCGAGUGGCGAAUCGCACGAUAUGAGUGACCAGCCCGUGGAGGGCCCAGACAUCACGGGACUCGUACUCUACAAACACGUCUUCGAUUGGUACUACAUAUGGGGCGUUAUAUUCAUGUCGCUGUCAUUUGGCUACCUGUCCAGUCUGGGUAUGAUGUACGCGCCCCGGUUUGUCCACUCCAAACAUAAGUCUACGGCCGGUAUGAUGAGUGGGUUGGCCCUCAUUAUUGGCAUAUUUGUUGGGGUCAACAGUUCACUAUUACAUCCCAUUUUAAUACAAACCUAA